CUACAUUUUCCACCCGUACAUAAAUUGUGAGAGUGUGGGGCUCCACUACAAACAGACAACAUGGCGAAAGGCUUCUUUAUCAGGAAAACUGUUGGGAUAGUGGCUAUCAUUCUAUGUUCAGCUGCCCUGGCUACUAUCAUUGCUUUAUCUGUUGUCUACUCACAGGAAAAGGCAAAAAAUAAUAAUCCUCCUCCCCCAGAUGGGGGAACCACAUCCAGCCCCCCAGUCACACCGCUGCCGUCGAAUGAACCUUGGGACAAGUAUCGACUUCCCAAGAGCCUGGUGCCGGUACACUACAAUGUCACCCUGUGGCCGCGUCUGACUGAAGACCCAGCAUCUAAACUCUACAUCUUUCUUGGUGAGUCCAGUGUGGAGUUUGAGUGCACUGAAGAGACAGACCUGAUUCUUAUCCACUCCAAUAAGCUGAACUACACAAAAUUGGAUAAUGUCAACUUGGCCCGGCUCACAUCAGUCAAUAGUGAAGUCAAAGCCCCCUCAAUCAAGAACUCCUGGCUCCAAAAUGUGACACAAUAUCUGGUCCUACAGCUGGAUGGUAAACUGAUUAAGGACCACAAGUACCACCUGGAAACAAAGUUUCAGGGAGAGCUGGCGGAUGACCUUGGAGGAUUCUAUAGAAGCGAAUACAUGGAGGAUGGCGUAAAAAAGGUUGUUGCUACUACACAGAUGCAACCAACAGAUGCCAGGAAGGCCUUCCCCUGUUUUGACGAGCCAGCUAUGAAAUCAGUUUUCUACAUAACAUUGAUCCACGAUCUCGGAACUGUAGCCCUUUCCAAUGGCGAGGUAAAACAAUCAAGCAACGUCACCAUAGAUGGUCACAAAGUGCAACUGACAACGUUUGAGCCAACAAAAAAAAUGUCCACCUACCUGUUGGCGUUCAUUGUCAGUGACUUUGACUUCAUCAAUAAUACCAUUGAUGGAGUUCUGAUUCGCAUCUUCGCAAGGAAGCCUGCUAUUGAUGCUGGUCAAGGAGGGUAUGCCCUUAACAAAACGGGACUUAUCCUUAAGUUCUUUGAGAAGUAUUACAAUUCCAGUUACCCUCUGCCAAAAUCUGAUCAAAUAGCUCUACCAGACUUUAAUGCUGGAGCCAUGGAAAACUGGGGUCUGAUCACAUACAGAGAGACAGCGCUCCUCUACGAUGAAGCGUUCUCCUCUAACUCCAACAAGCAAAGGAUUGCGACCAUCAUUGCUCAUGAACUGGCUCACAUGUGGUUUGGUAAUCUAGUGACCCUGAGGUGGUGGAAUGACCUGUGGCUGAAUGAAGGCUUUGCCUCCUAUGUUGAGUAUCUGGGAGCUCACGAGGCUGAACCCAACUGGAAUUUGACAGAACUCAUCGUGCUCAGUGACGUCCACAGGGUGUUUGCCAUCGAUGCUCUGGCCUCUUCUCACCCCCUUUCCUCCAAAGAAGAGGACAUUCAGAAACCUGCACAGAUCAGCGAACUGUUUGAUGCUAUCUCAUACAGCAAGGGAGCAUCUGUUCUGAGGAUGUUGUCGGACUUCCUAACAGAAGAUGUCUUCAGAGCGGGACUAAUGACCUACCUGGGUAAAUUUGCUUAUGGAAAUGCAGUAUACACAGACCUAUGGAAUCAGCUGCAGAUGGCUGUUGAUGAAAGUGGAACUCAACUUCCUGACACUGUAAAAAAUAUCAUGAACACAUGGGUGCUGCAGAUGGGCUUUCCUGUGGUUACAAUUGACACCACAAGUGGGGUCGUGUCCCAAGAACACUUUCUCUUAGAUCCAGACUCAAACGUUACGGCUGUAUCUCCCUUCAACUAUGAAUGGAUUGUUCCAAUCAAGUGGAUGAAAACUAGAGACGUUCAGGAACCGCAAUGGCUGAGGAAAAAAUCAGCAAAAAUAAAUGAGAUGAAGGCAUCAGGGUCUGACUGGGUCCUGGCCAACCUCAAUGUGGUCGGUUACUACAGAGUCAACUAUGACCUAGAUAACUGGAACAGACUGGUUGAAGUUCUAAGUACCGACCAUGAGCUUAUUCCAGUCAUCAACAGAGCUCAGUUGGUGGAUGAUGCCUUUAACCUGGCCAGAGCAAAGAUCAUCUCUACGGUACUGGCCCUGGAUACCACCAAAUAUCUGAUCAAUGAGAGAGAAUAUAUGCCCUGGGAGUCAGCCCUGAGUAACCUGGACUUCUUCUACCUUAUGUUUGACCGCAACGAGGUUUAUGGUCCCAUGCAGAAUUAUUUGAGGAAACAGGUCACCCCUCUGUUUGAGUACUACAAGGAAAUGACUGUAAACUGGACUAAUAUACCUGUUGGACAUCUGGAUCAGUAUAACCAAGUGAAUGCUAUCAGCCUGGCUUGCAGGACAGGCCUUGAGGAAUGCCAAAAUCUGUCCAAGGAAUGGUUUAAUCAGUGGAUGAUCACAAAAGAAAACAAGAUCUCCCCGAACCUUCGCUCCACAGUGUACUGUAAUGCUAUCGCAGCAGGUGGCGCUAAAGAGUGGGAGUUUGCUUGGUCACAGUUUGUUCAAGCCACCAUUGCCAUUGAAGCUGACAAACUCCGCUCUGCCCUGGCCUGCACGAAGCAACCCUGGCUGCUUAACAGGUUUCUGGAGUACACUCUUGAACCAGACUUGAUAAGAAAACAGGAUGCCACCUCCACCAUUGUUUACAUUGCUAACAAUGUGGUUGGACAGUCUCUGGCGUGGGACUUUGUCAGGGCUCGAUGGUCAUACAUUUUUGCAGAGUAUGGUGGUGGAUCCUUCUCAUUCUCCAACCUCAUCAACGGAGUCACAAAGCGCUUUUCCACUGAAUUUGAGCUUCAACAGCUGAAGCAGUUUAAGGCAGAAAACAAUGGGAUUGGUUUUGGCUCUGGGACACUGGCAGUGGAGCAGUCCAUUGAGAGAACCGUCAGCAACAUAAAAUGGAUCACAGAAAACAAGGAGAAUGUUCUAAAUUGGUUCAACAAGUACUGUUAGCUAUACUCGAUACUUGUAUGGCAUGCAAUUUAUAGACGUUCUGUUUUCAUCAACUAAGUAUGCAUGGGGGGGACAAGAUUUCACAAAACUAAUAGAGUAAAUUUGAUUAAAGUGGGUUUGAUCUGUUGCCUCUGUUGGGUUAAAAAAAAAGAGAAGGAAUCCUUGAAAGCAGAACAAAUUUGUCUGGCUGUGUCUAACAUAAAGUGAUAAUAUUUAACUAAUAUUCAGUAUUUAAUGUUAGACAUAGCCAGACAAAUUUGGUAAGGACUUUUUAAAUGUAUCUACUUGUGCUCCUGAAAUGACUAAAUGAAAACAUUUUGAUUAAAGUUAGUCCUGAUAGUUUGAGAUAUUUCUUUGUGCAUAUUUUCAAAGCUUUAUUUUUGUGAUUCAGGCCUGCUUUGUAACUUGAUACUUGUUGAAAGGAUCAAAUUUUUUGUGAUUUGCAUGAAUAAAAUACUUAUGUUGACAUCAUAACGAAACAUAAAAUGAUUUAGCAUAAUAAAACUACUACCAAAAA